CACCCACGCGGCCUAAAGUGUGCCGCUGAGUUAACUGUUCGCACCAUUCUUCUUACAGUUCUAAAAGACAAAGACCCCCACGGAGUGCGAAGGUUUUAAGAUCGAUCUAGAACCUAAAACCCCACAAACCAGAACAAGCUCUUUCUUCGAUUUGGUUGCAAAGAUCUUUACUUUCUCUCUAUCCCACCUACACAAUGUUCAAAAAGUUUUCCUCUGAAGACGUUUCUGCACAAAAUCAAGUGAAGGCAUCUGUCCAACGUAAAAUUCGGCAAAGUAUUGCAGAGGAGUACCCAGGGCUUGAGCCAGUGUUGGAUGAUAUACUUCCAAAGAAAUCUCCAUUGAUCGUUACUAAAUGUCAGAACCAUCUAAAUUUGGUUGUGGUAAACAAUGUGCCACUAUUUUUCAACAUCCGUGAUGGGCCAUAUAUGCCAACCUUAAGACUUCUUCAUCAAUAUCCUAAUAUAAUGAAAAAGUUGCAAGUGGAUAGGGGAGCAAUUAGAUUUGUUCUCGCUGGUGCAAACAUAAUGUGUCCUGGUCUUACAUCUCCUGGUGGUGCUUUGGAUGAUGAAGUGGGUGCAGAAACUCCUGUGGCCAUAAUGGCUGAAGGAAAGCAACAUGCUCUUGCUAUUGGCUUCACAAAAAUGUCGGCAAAAGAUAUAAGGACAAUCAACAAAGGAAUUGGGGUCGAUAACAUGCAUUAUCUGAAUGACGGUCUUUGGAAGAUGGAGCGUUUGGAUUGAGGAUUUUGGAAGAUGGGUAGCAGUAUCAGCCACAACAUUAGAAGAGAAAACUAAUGUUACGAGGCCAUACUUCUCUGCCGAUGAUUUUUUUCUUUUUCCAUGUGUUCAAUCCGGCUAAAGGAAUUAUUUAUAUAAUAUAUAUAUUUAUAUAUAGGAUGGGACUGUGGGUCCGUAUGUGGACAGACCGCACUAUAACCACCCUAUAUAUAUAUAUAUACACCUGGUUCGUAUAUUCUAUGUUGUCUCUGUAUACUAUUUGGGCAAUCAUUUUUAUGGGAUAUUGAGAUCCGCCCUUUUUUCCAAGUUUUAAUGUAAUUUGGUGAAUAUUAUUUCGGUA